UCAUCACUGUUAUCAAUCAUCUUCUUCAUCGUCUUAGAGAGAGAAACAAGAGAGAGAGAGAGAGUGUUCGUCAGGUAAGGUGAAGAAGAAAUGGAGGUGAUGAAGAGCAAGUUAUCAGCACAGUGGUGGUGGUUUGACAGUCAGACCAACAGCAUCCCCAGGAAAUCCCCAUGGCUACACUCCACUCUUGCAGAACUGGAUGAGAAGACAGAGGCAAUGCUCAAGCUAAUCGAAGAAGACGCAGAUUCAUUCGCGAAACGUGCAGAAAUGUAUUACAAGAAACGACCCGAGCUUAUCACCAUCGUCGAGGAUCUCUACCGAGCCCACCGCUCAUUAGCAGAAAAAUAUGAUCAAGUCAAGUUCGAAAGCGGCAACCGCCACUUGACUCCAUGGACAUCAUGCCCUUCGCCCUUGUCCAAGUUCAGAACUUCCUUAUUAGUAAAAGAAUCAGAGAAAUCAUACGACAGUUAUUCCGAGUCUUGUGACUUUGAUCACGAUUAUUAUGAUUCCGAUGAUUCUGUAGUGAUCGAUGAUUCUGUAGUGAUUGAUGAUUCUGUGGUCAUUGAUGACUUUGAACAACAACUACAACAACAACAAAACGAAGAAGAAGAAAGUACCGAAUUCGAUGAACAAGCGAAACAAACAAAGAAUCUUGAUGAAGAAAUGGCGAAUUUGAGGGAACAAAUUGUUAAACUGAGAGACGAAAACAAGAUUCAGAAAGAACAGUUGAUUCAAAAGGAUGAAGAGAAGAAAGAGGCAAUAAGACAACUCAGUUUUUGUGUUGAUUUUCUAAAGCAAGAAAAUUUGAAUUUGAAAUCAAGAAUUGCUAAAGAUUCUUUCAAGAAGCAAACCAAUAGCAGCAGCCCAUUUGAGUUCACCAAACUUAAAGGGGUAUUUUGGGGAAAGUUUUUUAAUGGUGCUGCUGUCCCUCUAUAAAACCAUACACAUUCAUUCUCACAAUCCAGGUAUUCUUUUGUGUCUUAUUCUUGACAUUCUUUUGAAAUAAUAUGCCCAUUUUGUCCCAAAGGAAAGUUCACUUCACAAGUUUUAUUUAAAAUUAUUUUUAUAUUCAUAAUUUUAUAUGUUACCAGUAGUUUUCUAAAAGAUUUGAGUAAAGAUUCAUUUUGUUUGUUUAAAAAAUGUGAAGUUUGAUCCUUUCUUUGAUGAAUGGGUGCAGUCUCUUUAUGGCUUCUUUUUUUUUUUUUUUGUUGAAAUCUAUUGAAAAUUGUCUAGAGGAUGUGUUUUAGAGUAAUGAGGGUAGUAGAUGUAUUUGUGUUCAAUUCUAACGGGUCAUUCUUUGUUCGUUCUAGUAGUGUUGUAUCGUAUAAUUUUAUGAAUUGAUAUUUCUUUGAAUCUUUA